AGAAGGUUCCCCGCAAAAAAAGAAAAAAGGAAAGAAUGAACAGAUCCGUCGGUUGAAACCCUCUGAAAUUUUCCUUUUUUGAGAUCCAAAGAGCCUAUAAAAACAUUACAGAUAGAUAGAUCUCUCAGCUAGCCGCAACCUCUCUCAUCCGUCCGUGAAGAAAAACAUUCUAAGCAAGAUCUAAACCCUAGCUAGAAGAUCUCCAAUUCUCUCCGUAGAACACCAUGGGCGAAGACGACGAUACCAUCGGCUUUGAGGCCUUGAAGCAGACACUGGUGUACUGGAACAUAGAUGACUACCCAAUCCCUGUAGAUAGUACCGAUGAACUUGAUGCUAUUUAUGGUGAUUUCUUACAAGCUCUUGAUGUAAUGGGCUUUCGCCAUGGGUAUAUCGACGUGUAUCUGUAUUCUGAGCAAAUCAACUGCGAGGCCGCAGUAAUUGACUACUUACCCCAAGGCAAGUCUUAUUCGGCGUUUGCUUACAAAGUGCCGGAUAUAACUUUCUAUAUGAUUCGUCACGCAUCAAGUAUUGGACCAGGACCGGUAAAUUAUUUGGUAAUAGCAAAACCAAAAAGGGAGUUGCAUAGGGUUCUGCAGUGUUUGCAAUCGAGGCGUCACAAUGUUCUUAUAGUUAAGCCGCCUCCUCCUGAUGAAGAAUUUCUCUUUAGUCUAGACUCUCUACUUGAGAAUACACGUUUUUUAGGUGGAGGAAAGCCUAGAUUCAAAGAGUUAUAUGCUUUUUAUGGAUGUGAGUAUGAUAUGGAGCAUGAAAAGUAUGUAACGGUUGAAGAAGAUCUCUCCAAGAUUGUAGAUUUCUCCGAGCGCAUCCCAACCGUCGAAGGGCCUAGGACAGCCGUCUUCUGGGACGCCGAAGAUUUCCCGUUCCCUCCUUCUUCCACUCCUGAUGCGAUCUACCACUCCAUAUCAUCAGCUCUUGAGGGAAUUGGUUCUAGUGAUGAGAUCACGAUCUGGGCUUAUCUUGAUGAUGACAAGAAAGGGACUUGGAGGGAUGCCUUACUGGGUGGUGGCAAACCGUGGGCUUCCAGAAUCUACUUUCUUCCCGCAGGGGAUAAAGCCUCGCGACGUAUCAGAAUGUUGAAUGACAUUUAUUUAUGGAAAAGGGACUCUCCUUACUUUACCUCAAGUUAUGAAGCUAGUUUGGUCAUAUUCGCAGAUCAGUUCAAAUGUUCCCCCUACUACACCAAGAUGCUUAAAACUUUGAAUGACAUGCGUUACGGUCUCCUCUUAGUCACUCCCACUCUGGACAUUUACAAUCCAGAAAGCCCCGAAUGGCCUGCAUUGCUAAUAGAUAGAGGAGCAGUCUGUUUUCCUGAUCAAGCAUACAUAAAUAUCCCUGAAGAACCUAGCCCCAAAACGCACCAAGCAGAUGCAGCCUCCGCCGCAGAAGAAAGAAACUCUUAAGAAGCUUAUCUUAAACUGCAAACUGUAGAUUUAUACGACCUAGCUCUUUAUUUCCUGAUCUGAAACAUCUUAUAUCUUAUGUAAAUUAUGUGCAUCUCUGCUGUGACCUGAAGAAAAUAUAAACAAUUUUGUGUUGUGCUUACAA